AUGGAUAUCAGCCCUGAGCAAAUUCAGAUGCAGCUCUUUAACUUGUCCCAGACCAACGAAGAUUGCCUGAGGCGUCUGGAAGAAGUCGAUCGGAAACUUAUCAUCCUUAUUGACACUGAGGACCAUUUCAAGCAACGCAUCGAAUUUUGGCUACAAGAGAACCCAUCCAAAUCAACUCUGCUGCUGGCUCAAGUGAAACAACUACCGUCAGCUCUCAGUGGAUUCUUGUCACGACUCGAGAAAGCAUCUCUGGGUAAAGUCGCUCUAAAACGAGCGAAUACAGGCCGAUUGCUGGGGCAUAUGUACGCCUCUAUCGAUGUCGCUAUAGAAGCAAUUCCAAUUAGUCAAUUAGCGGAUACUGGCAAUACCACUUUUGUUCGAUUAGUUGAACAGAUAACGGACAUGGUGGAAAAGCUCGAUCGAUUCAAUCAAUUGUCGAGCGAAUUCUCACCUAUUCAGAAUCUACUUCGAACCUUUGUCAGCAUAUACCGCCACAUAAUGCUGUUUCUUACCCAGGUAAUAUUAUGUUUCAGGGAAAGUCAGGGCCCUAUUGUCGAUCUGUCUCAAAAGGAAUGGAAAGGGGUCGAAAAGCAAUUCUCGAACCUCACCAGGGCCUUCGUCGGCGCGUACUCUGAUAUAAGAGAUUUAAGAGCCGUGAAAACAAUUUAUCCUAGCCUUUGCCAGGAAUUUACUACACUCACCCUUGCCGCAAAUGCCGCCGCCGCGCCCCUGCAACAGCGUGUAUUUGGCUCUCAUUCGGUUAUCAUGCUGCCGUUGCGAAAUGCCAAAUUCUUCGGCCGCGAAAGCAUAUUAAAUGAGAUUGACCACGUAUUACGGAAUAAUCAAUCAGCCAUUGGGCCCAUUGCUAUUACUCUCAGUGGCUUGGGUGGGAUUGGUAAAUCCCAAAUUGCUCGCGAGUACGCUUACCGGUGGAAAGAGCAGUAUGAUAUCAUACUCUGGAUCGCAUCCGAGACCGCGCUUUCUCUGGAUCAAAGUCUUCGCAAAGCGGCAGUGGAGUUGAAACUAGACAAUGUAUCACAAACAGACAGCUUCCAAAAUAAAGUAGCUGUACGAGGCAAAUUAGAACGAUCUGACACCCCUUGGCUUCUUAUAUUCGACAACUUACACGAUGCAUCCAUCGUUGCGGACUUCUGGCCCCGCAGAGGGCUGGGAUCCAUCAUCGUCACUUCUGUUGUUUCAGACGUUGUAUUCAACCUCAAUCCUUAUAGGAUCAGGGUACCUGCGUUUUCUGAUGAUGAGGCAAUAGAGUGCCUACUCGAUCACCUUUCUAUUGACAGCACGGUUGAGCUGAAUAAAAUCUCGGCCGCGAAGAUUAACCAGGAACUUGGAGGCCACCCCCUUGCGAUUGUGCGCGUGGCUGCCUUCGCUCGCUCCUGUAAGCUUCGUAUCGAGGAAUGCGCUGACCAAAUUGAACUAGCUUUGGAAGAAGUAAGGGAUACAUCACCCAUUGAAAAAUUUGAUAAUUAUCCCAAAGAGAUCUGUACAGUAUGGAAUAUGUCGUUUAAAAAAAUAUCCGAAAACUCUCAAGCUAUGAGUUUACUUGGGAUGCUAUCCUACCUGGCAGCAGAGACAAUUCCUGAGGCAUUGUUUAUGCCAAACCUCUCCCGAGAGGAAUAUCCUAGUAAUAUUCUCUUUUGCUCAAGCGGUUUUAAGCUGAAAACCGUUCAAGGCGACCUUCUAAACUGGGCGUUGAUCGAAAAAGAUUUUGAAGGGAAUAUUUCGCUUCACCGACUCAUUCAAAAAGAGACACACCACUUUUUAAAUGGAAGCCAAAAACAGCUUGCAUUUGAUCAAGCAGCCUUCCUUUUAUAUCAUGCAUUCCCUAAGCGGGAUGAAGGCCAGUAUCUACAUGGAGACUGGGAACAAGGCAAUCUUUUUCUGAAUCAUAUCGUCACGCUGAAUCGACACUAUCUUGACCUGUCCUCAUCUCCCACAAUCUAUCCAUCUUUACACUACGCUCGUCUACUUAGUAACUGCGCAUGGUUUCUUUGCGAGAAAGGUAAUGACAUAGAGGCUCGAACAAUAUUAAUUGGUGGCCUCGACGCGUGUGAGAAGUUGAAGAGGAAGUCUGAAUCAGAUGAGAUUGAUGCCAUCUACGCCCGAAUGCUAAACACCAGUGCGCAUCUCGAAGGACUUCGAGGAUUUUUUGACUCACAAAUUGAGAAGUUCAACCAGGUCCUGAAUAUACGGAAACGCGUGCUCACCGCAAAUCAUGAAGAAAUCUCUGGGAGGCAUUCGAAUACCGAGAAAGGUCUUUAUGUCACGACCUAG